AUUGCUCUUAAUGAGAACUAUGCUUUUUCUUUCGAAGUGUUGGCUGUUUCGUUACUUUGUUACUCUGAAUGUAAUAGACCUACAGACGGAGACUGUUGGACGUUUGUUUAGUAGUAAAUUGUAAGCUCUACAGACAUGACACGUUCCAAGCAGGUUGGGAAUCACAAAAGUGACAAAAAGAAGAAUAUCUCCAAGCUCUGGAAAACUAAGCGCAGAGUGAAAGAUCUGGAUCAGAUUCACCAUGAUUUGAAACCCGAAAAUGCAAAACUCUUAUUGAACCAGGAGCUUGACUACCAACUACCUGGAAAUGGCCAGCACUACUGCCUACAUUGCUCUCGAUACUUUGUAGAUCUGAAGACUUUACAUGAACAUUUCAAAACAAAGGUUCACAAGCGAAGACUCAAGCAGCUAAGGGUAGAACCAUACACUCAAGAAGAGGCAGAAAGGGCAGGAGGAAUGGGCUCCUAUAUCCCACCAAAAUUAAUUAAUGUCCAAACACAGGACAUGGAGAGGAGAUAAAGUAUGUGCCUCUUCUUCAUAAACCUAACUGGAAUAUAUGGACAAGUAUUGCUUUGUGCUGGAUCUGUUUAGCCCUCAUCUUACAUGCUCUUUAAAACAUGUACCCUGCUUUCGUUCAGAAUAUUGGCACUUGCCAUUACCAACCAAAUGGCAAAUUAAAAUUUGUUUGAACAUUAUGUAUACUGCUUAAAACAUCAGAUACAAACUGUCAUGUGGAAAUUAAUUUGCUAACAUUAUGUACACCACUACUGUGAGUUUAUGUUAAGGAGUGUUCUGCAAGCCGAAUCUUGCAUAUUAAACCCAAAUCAGUGUGUCUCAGUAUUUGUUUAUGUGGCUCAUUCAGCCAUUCCUAAACACGUCAGCCCUUCAAAACUAAUCAUGUCUGCUCGCACGGAUGCACAAACACAGCUACAAUGCUUAACCCCUGCACUGCGAGUUAUGUUUGGGCAGAGGAGGUGAAUGAACAGAGACAGACUGGAUCUGUCUGAAUGCUGUACAUUCAAUAAAUUUGCUCUUAAGAACCA